UUUCCAUUCAGUCUAACCUAUUAAAUUUGUUUUAUCCAAUAAAAAUUAAAUUGAUACUGAUUUUACGUGUUUUUACAUAAAACAAGAUGUCUGGAAAUAAAUGUCGGAAUUGUGGAUCCACGGAUAUCGAAACAGAUCCAGCCAGAGGAGAUGCAGUUUGUACAGAAUGUGGUGUUGUGUUAGAAGAUCAAUUAAUUGUUAGUGAAACAGCUUUUAAAGAAACACCAUCAGGGAAUAUGAUGGUACUCGGUCAAUUUGUUGCUAAUGAUAGCACUGGUGGAGCUACAGGAUUUGGAGCAACAUAUCAUGUCAAUGGGAAAGAAUCAAGAGGAAUAACAUUGCAAAAUGCAAGAAAAGGAAUAACUCAUUUGUGUAUGCAGUUACAACUAAAUCAACACUGUAUUGAUACAUCUAUGAAUUUUUAUAAAAUGGCAUUAAAUCGUCAAUUAACUCGUGGAAGGAAGCAAGCACAUAAUCAUGCAGCUUGUGUUUAUAUUACUUGUCGUACAGAAGGCACUGCACAUAUGCUUAUUGACAUCAGUGAUGUUCUUCAGAUUUGUGUUCAUGAAUUGGGCCGUACAUAUCUAAGAUUUACACAAGCUCUUUGCAUCAAUAUACCUUCAGUAGAUCCAUGUUUAUAUAUUAUGAGGUUUGCAAAUAAAUUGGAAUUUGGAGAAAAAACUCAUGAGAUAUCAAUGACAGCGCUACGAGUAGUUCAAAGAAUGAAAAGAGAUAGCAUUCACAGUGGACGAAGGCCAUCAGGAUUAUGUGGCGCUGCUCUUCUGAUGGCUGCAAGAUUGCACGAAUUCAGUAGAUCACCCGCGGAUAUUAUAAAAAUUGUAAAAGUACAUGAAUCGACACUACGUAAGAGACUUAUAGAAUUUGGUGAUACACCUUCGAGCGCAUUGACACUUGAAGAAUUCAUGACGGUCGAUUUAGAAGAAGAACAAGAUCCACCAGCUUUUAAAGCAGCACGGAAAAAAGAUAGAGAACGAUUACAAAAACUGGAAAAUAUAGAUACAGAAAUAAAUGAAUUACAAGCUGAAAUUGAUAAACAAUUAGAAGAGCACAGACUAGGAAAAACAAGAAAACGAAAAGAUGCUGCUUUUAUAGAAAGAGAAGAUACUGAUAGAUUUGUAAGGGAAAGUAAUUUAGAUGUAAUUAAAAAUUAUGUUGAAAAUGAUAUAGAUGAUCCUGAUAGUGAUAUUCAAAAUUCUGAACCCAAUAAUACAAAUAAUCGAUUAAUUACUGGGCUAGGUCCAAAUAUUGCUUCCAUGGGACUAGUAUCAAUAAAUGAUCGUGAAAAUGAAACGAAAGAAUUAGUAAAUACAAAUUUUGAAAAUAAUUCUGGAGAAAUCGAUAUCGCUGACUUAGACGAUGAAGAAAUAGAUAGUUAUAUUAUGUCAGAAAAAGAAGCACAGUCUAAACAUAAUUUAUGGAAAAAGGUGAAUGCUGAAUAUUUAAUUCAACAAAAAGAAAAGGAAGAAAAACGACAGAAAGAAAAAGAGGAGGGCAAGCCUGAGAAGAAACGACGGCGAACUACUAAACGUAAUAAAAAUCAAGUACCUGCAAAUACAGCAGGAGAAGCAAUUGAAAAAAUGUUGCAAGAAAAAAAGAUAUCAUCAAAAAUUAAUUACGAAGUACUGAAAAGUUUAAAUAUUAGUUUAAAUACUACCACUAAAGAACAGCAAAAAGUUGAAGAACCAGUGCAAUCAUCAAACACAGAAUUAAAUAGAAUGACAAGUUCUAGUAAAAUAUCUAAUGUUUCUGGUUCAUUGAAAAUUCAAGACAAGCCAAUUAGUCAAAUAGUAAAAAAAUCUCAUUUAGUUAAACCACAGAUUCAACAAACAAAAAAGGAAGAGGUACAGACACUUAUUGAAUUACCAAUUAAUAUGACAGAAUCCACACUUCCAAGAGAGAAUGCUUGUGAUUUGAAUGAAACUGAUGACUAUGUUGAUGAGGAUGUUGAAGCUGAUCCUACAGAAAUGACUGUUGGAGAAAUGCUUGGACAUUGUGGAUCAGAAGAUGAAAAUGACUUUGGAUAUGGUUAUGAUGAAGAAGACUAUUAA